AUGACGGCAGAUUUAAUGAAUUCUGAUUUUCGAUUAUUUAAAAUUGAAAUCGACAAGAACGAAUAUCCAACGCAUGAUAAUAUGCCUAUCACUGGACAUAUUAAAAUCGAACUUAAAAAACCACUAAUUAUUAAAGCUAUUAAAAUACAAUUCAAAGGACGAGCACUGCAUAGAGAAAAUGGAAAUGAAUCAGAAAAAGCAUAUGUGGACAAUGAUUUCAAUCUUCUGGAUAGGAUUCCUGGCCAACCGGUUCCAGCAAGUUUUCCAUGGAAUGCUAAUUUUUUAUAUUCUUUACCUUUUAAUUUUAUAUUUCCUGCGAUGUGUCCAACUUCUUAUGAAUCUCCGCAGGGUUAUAUUCGCUAUUGGUUGCGUUGUACCGUUGUGUUGGACGAUGCACAGAAAACGGAAUAUAUGAUAAAAAAAGGUCUUAAUGUGGUUGCAUGGCGUGCAACGUCAUCAGCAGAUCAUCCAUCAAAUUCGAUUAGUGCAUCGGAGACAAUUUCUUUUGGUACUUGCUGUUGUCGAGGAAAAUUAUCCGCCGAAGUGCAAUUACCUAAAUCAAAUUAUUCACCCGGAGAAGUUGUAUACGGAUCGCUGAAAAUUAAUAAUCGACAUCCAAGGCAUAUGAUUGAACUGGUGGACGUUAAACUUGUUGAUUCCUUGACUCGAGCAAAUUCACCUUUCGCCUAUCCAGGUCGAACACUUGUCCAUCAAAAAUUGGAUCUAAACAAUUUGAAGCCAAAAGGUGUCACGCAGAAGGAUGACAUCGCAUUUAUCAAAAUUCCUGCAGUGGCUCCAACAACAAUACAAGGAUCAUCAGACUCUAUGAUGACAGGCUUGUUUUUCAGUUCAUAUAUAAAUGAGGAAUCGAAUAAUGUCGGAACUAUGCAUAGUAAUAGUUUCGCUUUCAGAAAACAACCUUUUCUUCAAAUUCAUUACGAAAUUCAGGUGGUUAUAUCAGGUAAACUCGAAUUACGUCUGCCAAUAACGAUAGCAGCAUUACAAACGCAAGGAUCACGUAUUGUAUAUAAGCCAUUCGUUGGAGGCCCGCAAAAUAUCAUCGAACGAGAUGAAAUGGACAAAAAAAGAUUGAAUAAUUUCGAGUUUACUCCAUACUACCCAUAUCUUAAUGAAAUAACGAGUACCAUAGGUGGCAUUGGCAGCGAUGGUAUUAAUUCAAGCAGUUAA